GGAUCACAAAAAACACAGAUAGAAGCGAGACAAAGAAUAGAAGAAGAAAGUACAAAAAACACAGAUAGAAGCAAUUUUUACAAAACAUUAAUUAAUAAAAACAAAUUUAACUUCGAUACUUUAGUUUUAGAUACCCACUGAAAAGUGAAAAAAAAAACUGAAAACUAUCAGUGAAAGAUUUAGGAGGAUGAUUUCUAUUAGCUCAAUCAAAAGCCCCCAAAUUGGUACGCUCUUCUUCUUCCCAUCCCCUUCCACAAAUCUCCAUUCCGAAUCCAUUCUCAAAACCCAAUACUCAACUCCCCCACUGUUUAAUCUGAGUGCAAACCUUCCUCCUUCCCUUUCUCCUCGAAUACAUCGCCGCCUGACUGCCAUGGCUGCUGAGCAUUCCCAGUUGAGCGUCGCUGCUUCCCCUGUGCCUAAUUCUUCAAUGAAGCUCCUUUUUGUUGAAAUGGGCGUUGGUUACGAUCAACAUGGGCAAGACAUCACAUCAGCUGCUAUGCGGGCUUGUCGGGAUGCAAUUUCUUCUAAUUCAAUCCCAGCCUUCAGGAGAGGUUCUGUACCCGGUGUUACAUUUGAUCAGAUGAAGCUUGAGAUUAAGUUGGGUGUUCCACGGUCUCUCCAACAAUUGCUAGAUACUGACAAGGUCAAAUCAGUCUUUCCAUACGGCAAAAUAAUGAACAUUGAAGUUGUUGAUGGUGGACUGAUAUGUUCAAGUGGUGUACACGUUGAAGAGAUGGGAGAUAAGAAUGAUGACUGUUAUAUAGUAAAUGCAGCAGUUUAUGUUGGUUACUGAUCUCUCUUAGACUGUACAUAUAGGCCUACAUAAGUUGGUUUUGCUGAUUAUUUUGAAGAUGUUGGUUGAUUCAAUAUGAGAAAAAGCAAGAAUCUCAUGUGUGGGCAUAAUUAAGUAUUGGAAAAUGGAACAGCUUUUGAUUAUGUUCAUAUAUGGCUUGUGCUACACUAAUGAUGAAACUACAGUCAAACAGUCUUGAUUAAAAAAAGCAAAUAACCAAAGCUGCUGUUGGA